AUGGCUGCCGAAGACGCGUCGGGCGCCAAGGUCUACUUGAUCUCCAACGAUGCCGCUACCCUACAAGUCGACCGCAACGUUGCUCAGCGAUCGAUGCUCAUCAAGCACAUGCUGGAGGAUAUUGGCCACGAAUCAAUCAACGAGGACAACCCUAUUCCAAUUCCCAAUGUAAACGAAGCUGUCCUUCGCAAGGUUAUUGAGUGGUGCGAGCAUCACCGCAACGACCCUCCUCAAGCCCAAGACGAUGAUUCUGAUGGCCGACGACGUACCACCGACAUCGAGGAGUGGGACCAGAAGUUCAUGCAGGUUGACCAGGAGAUGCUCUUUGAGAUCAUUCUGGCUGCCAACUACCUUGACAUCAAGCCACUGCUUGAUGUCGGCUGUAAGACUGUAGCCAACAUGAUCAAGGGCAAGUCACCAGAAGAGAUCCGCAAGACUUUCAACAUUACCAAUGACUUCACCCCCGAGGAAGAGGAGCAGAUUCGAAGAGAGAACGAGUGGGCCGAGGACCGAUAA